CCCCGCGCCUCUUUAGACGGCAACAAAUACCACCAGCACAUGCAUGCAGCUCGCUUUCAGCGUGGCAAGUUCCAAGCCUUUCACCUCACAUUCACCGACCGGCUAGACCGAGGCAGGUCCGUAGUGCAAUUCACUUUGACUUCAGAAUGACGACGGACGUCCAAUACACCCAUGUCGAGCUGCUGACAUUGAAUGGACCGGAGUACCGUCGCGUAUCGACGGCCCCUCCUCGUCUGCCCACGGAAGAUGAGAUCCCAAUCAUCGAUCUCAGCCCGAUUGACAACGAUCUCCAGGAACGCAAGCAGAUUGCUGCUCGUGUUCGUGCUGCUGCAGAGAACACGGGCUUUUUCUACGUCAAGAAUCACGGCAUUCCAGAGGAUCUCAUCCAGGCGGCUUUUGCUCAGGCACAGGCAUUUUUCAACCAGUCGGAAGCAGAGAAACAAAAAAUCGCCUCCUCCAAGAUGAAACAAAUGGAUGGGUUCCAUGGUGUUGGAAGCACUCAGAUCAACAAAACCGAGACUAAAGACCGCAAGGAGACCUUUUCACUACGGUACAACCCGCAUCGCGACCCACAGGUCCACCCCGCAACCCUCCCCGCCGAGGACCAGGACAAUGCGCUUUGGGACGGCACCGCCCAUCUCCCGGGCUUCCGCGAGACCACCACCGCCUUCUAUCAGGCCCGGCUCGCCCUCGCUCGCAAGAUGAUCCGCAUCUUCGCGCUCGCCCUCCACCUCCCGGAGGACUACUUUGACGAGCUGGUCACGCACCCCGGCGCCGAUGGUCUGUACGUGCAUUACCCCGGCACGCCGGACGCCCCGAGUCUCAGCGACGCGGAGUUGGAUGUAGGGAUCGGCUCGCACACCGACAUCCAAUGCGUCACCCUGCUUUGGCAGGACAACUCCGGGGGCUUACAGGUCCUGUCCGCCAACGAUGAGUGGCUGGACGCGCGACCGGUCCCCGGCACCCUGGUGGUCAACAUUGGCGAUUUUCUGCAGCGGCUGUCCAACAAUCGCUUCCGAUCGACCGUGCACAGAGUCUAUAAUCGGCAGACCACGUCGCGAUACUCGAUGCCGUUCUUCCUCGGCUUCAAUCCCGAGUCGGUGUGUCGGGUUGUGCCGUCUUGUGUAGACGACGAGCAUCCGCCGCUGUAUGAACCGAUCUCUUGUGGUCAGUGGCAUCGUGAUCGGCUGGCUUUGGCGCAGGGGCGGCUUGUUCGUCCGUGAAUUCCGUUUACCUAGUUCUACGAUUAUCGUUGGUAGUCAUCAAUCCUGCUUGGCUGCUCAGUAACGUGUCACAAACUGAUCUUGGUGCAUAGAUUGGUGCCAUGAAAGAGACUAGUUCAGCGAAACUUGGAGGCCGGAAAAAUAGAUUUGGGGAGCGGGGCCAAUCAAUGUGUCUUUUCCUUUUCCAUAUAUGGUAUUCAGUAUCUC